GUGUAUAAAUUCUUUGCCGACGGCUGUUUGUUGUUUCUGGGGCGAUCAUGGCGGCGAUUUUGAGCUCGCAAAGUCGAGGUCUGGACAUCAAUUUGUCAGAUGUCAAGCGUGAUUUGCAGAGGAGUAUCAGAGUAUGUUCGCAGAGGGGUCUUUCACAAAGUGUGAAAUGGUGUGCUGAGUUAUCAUUCGCUCUGAAAUCUGUCAAGUCUACGCCGCUAGAACCAACGGACCAAAUAGAGGACACUGAGGACUUCAUAGCUGAGUUUGACGAGUACACUCUUGCCAAGUCCUAUUUCGACCUCAGAGAGUAUGACCGAGCGGCUUACUUUGUUGACAAGUGUCAAAGCCCCAAGGCCUACUUUCUCCAUGUUUAUGCUCGAUAUUUGGGCGGAGAGAAGAAGAAAUAUGAUGAAGUUGCAGACCUGACGGGACCGAUUCAGUACAAGUCCAUGAAGAAUGAGACCCUGAAGGCACUACGCAUUGAACUGAGCAAGAAAUAUGCUUUGAACAAACUGGAUGGCUUCUGCCUGUACCUGUAUGGAAUUGUACUGAAGAAGUUAGAACUGUUGAAGGAUGCAGAGAGUGUGUUGUUGGAGGCUGUGAGGCUGGAACCAUACCACUGGGGUGCAUGGAUGGAACUGACUAGUCUGGUUACAGACAAGGACAAGCUGAAUACACUCGCUCUGCCGGAUCUGUGGAUCAAGGAAUUCUUUGUCGCUCAGGCGUACCUUGAGCUGCAUCUGAACGAAGAAGCUCUGAAGAAAUACACUGCCCUCAGCGAGGCUGGGUUCAGCCAGAGCACUUACGUCAUCUCCCAGAUUGCCUUGGCCCAUCACAGUGUCAGAGAUAUGAAUCGAGCUGUGGAGUUGUUUGGACAGUUACAGAAAGUUGACCCCUACCGUCUGGAGAACAUGGACAUUUAUUCCAACCUUUUGUAUGUCAAGGAAAUGAAAGCAGAGUUGAGUUUUCUGGCACACCAUGUAUGCGAGGUGGACAAGUACAGAGUGGAGACAUGCUGUGUUAUUGGUAACUACUACUCGCUGAGAUCUCAGCACGAGAAAGCCGUCUUGUACUUCCAGCGAGCGUUGAAGCUCAAUCCUCACUAUCUGUCUGCUUGGACUCUGAUGGGUCAUGAAUAUAUGGAGAUGAAGAACACGCCGGCUGCUAUUGAAGCCUACAGGCAGGCGAUAGAAUUGAACAAGAGGGAUUUCCGUGCCUGGUACUGCCUUGGACAGACCUACGAGAUCCUCCGCAUGCCGUCAUAUAGCCUAUAUUACUACAGACAGGCACAGCAAAUCAGGCCCAAUGAUUCCCGCAUGCUGGUGGCGCUCGGUGAGAGCUACGAGAAACUGGAGAAGAUCCAGGAGGCCAAGAAGUGUUACUGGAGGGCGUACUCGGUGGGUGACAUCGAGGGUACGGCACUCAUCAAGCUGGCCAAGCUGCAUGAGGCACAGGGGGAGGAGGAAAAGGCCGCUCAGUUCUACACAAAAUAUGUGGAGCAGUCUGAGGCCAUGGGGACGGGGAUGGUUGAGGAGCAGUGUGACGCUUAUCGAUUUCUGGCGACGUAUCACUUGAAACGACGCAACUUUGAAGAGGCCAGUAACUACGCCCACAAGUGCUGUGAAUACACUGAGACAAGAGAAGAGGGCAAAGCGAUCCAGACUGAGAUAUCCCAGCUACGUGCCGUUGAGGAGGCGGGGUCAGCAGACAACAAAGAGGCGGCUGAUGUAGGGUCUGUCACCCGUCAACCGCUCAGUAUCAGCGACGGUGGGACGCCCGGACAGCUGUCACCAAUGAAUCUCACCUUUACACCAUGAUGACCUUUGAACCUUUGAACUAUACUAAGGGAAUAAAGGUGUGCUUGGGAAGUGUUAAACACUGUUUAAGACUGGUUGGAGUCUGGAAUGCUGAUAAUUACCGGAGCCGAAAUUCAUAAAAACCUUUUCGGUCAAAAAUCAGAACUUUUCUGUCCAAAAGUCAAAACAAGUCAUAAAUUAAAAACUUCCCACGAUUUUGUUCAAGAAUUCUACCUGUUUUUUUAAACACCCCUCAAGCUAUGUAAUGGAGUGUCCUGCUUGCGAGUAAGCCGUAAACAACUCUUUUUAUAGAGAUUGGAGCAGUUGUGAAAAGUGCAUUGUAAUUUUAAAACUUUGAAAUACUGACUAACUGGUAGUGUUGUGCAUGUCUAUGUGAGGAUUGUGAUUGUUCAACCAAUAAAACAGUAAAAGGCACCGGAUUUCAUAGGAUACCAAAUUUCAUGUGACACUGGAAAAGUGUUUAAGACCAGCCAGCCAUGUCUUUAUCAUCCGUUUAAGACCGGCCACGUGACGGGCUCUCGACCAAUAGGAAUGGGUAAACUGUCUUAGGUAUUUAUACAUAAAGUUUAAACAAAAACUGAGGUAUCAAUCACAUGACAGUGUGUCUUUGAAUGAAAGUGACUUGCAUCUUGCAGAAAGUUGUUCUUGUUCAGACGUUGCAAUGUGUUCAUAUUUUUGUCAACAAUUUGACUGUUGUAUAUAAAAGGCUGAAAUGAUGAUGGACAUCAGACGCUUACCAACCAUUAAUCAAUUUUGUACAAGCAAAUUUUGCACUUCAAGUGCAUUUGAGGUGCAUUUAACAGUUCAAAAAAGAAUAAAAGUAUUCCAUAAUAUAUGU